UACUGGUCACUUGGCACUAUCCUCGCCCAUACGCUGGACAACCUUUCAUAAGUUAUUGCUUGCCUCGAUCUUAUAGUUUCCUCCAUUUUCACCACCAUGUUAAAUCACAUUAUGCAACGCAUGGCGCCUCUCCGUCGUCCUCUGGCAAGAUCUUUUUUUGCUCGACCUGAGCAAUCUAUUGUAGGCACUUGGACCGAAUCGCCUUCUGCACAAAGUCUCAUUCCUUUUGUCGUGGAACAAACGGGACGUGGUGAACGGUCUUAUGAUAUUUUCUCCCGAUUAUUGAAAGAACGUAUUAUCUGUCUCAACGGACCGGUCAAUGAUAAUGUGGCGUCGGUCAUUGUAGCCCAGUUACUGUUCCUCGAAGCCGAAAAUCCAGAGAAACCGAUCAAUUUGUAUAUUAAUUCGCCGGGAGGCAGUGUCACAGCUGGCAUGGCCAUUUAUGAUACAAUGCAGUACAUUCAAUCGCCUGUAUCUACAUUAUGUCACGGGCAAGCAUGUUCCAUGGCCUCGCUAUUAUUGGCGGCUGGCCAACCGGGAAAACGAUUUGCGUUACCGAAUUCGUCGAUCAUGAUCCAUCAACCGUCGGGAGGCGCUGCUGGUCAGGCAUCCGAUAUCGCCAUUCACGCGCGUGAAAUUCUUCGUGUAAGAGAACGCUUGAACCGCAUAUACCAAAAACACACGGGCAUUCGCGAGUAUGAGACCAUUGAAAAAAUGGUGGAAAGAGACUAUUUUAUGACGGCGGAAGAAGCCAUGAAUUUUGGGUUGAUAGAUAAGGUGCUUGAGAAACGUGUGAAGAAGGAAUCGGCCCCCCAGAACGAAUAAAGGAAAUUUCUCUUUGGAGUGGAAGCGCAAACCCGCCCAGAUCACAGGUUCACGUCGGGAAAAGAACAGCAACAGAUCGUCAGAGAUUAGCGAUUUUCUACAUCCUUGGUAGCGCUUUGUGCCACCCAGCUGAUAUCUUUAUUUUUUUUUUCUUUUCUUCUUCCCAACUUUUUUUUUCCUUUUUUUCGGGUGAACAACGGAACAACGGUUUUCUGAUAG